AUUUUUUGACCCACUUUGGCUUGUCUCCGCCAGCUGCUCCCCAUUUCCAUUUCCCACCACCCCUUUUCCGCCCAAUGCCUCCUCCUCCUCCUCCCCCAAAAAUUAACCUCAUCCCCCUUUUAAACCCUCCUUCACUCAAAACUCAAAACACAAUGCUUCUCUCCACUCUCUUCCUCUUCCUCCUCACCUCCGCCGCCGCCGCCGCUUCCCUCCCCUCCGACGCCGCCUCCCUCCUCGCCUUCAAGUCCUAUGCCGACCUCGACAGCAAGCUCUUCUACACCUCCAACGAGCGCUUCGACUUCUGCCACUGGCGCGGCGUCAAGUGCGCCCAGGGCCGCGUCGUGCGCUACGCCGUCGACGGCCUUGCCCUCCGCGGCACCGUCUCCGCCUCCUCCCUCUCCGCCCUCGACCAGCUCCGCGUCCUCAGCCUCCGCAACAACUCCCUCUCCGGCCCAAUCCCCGACCUCUCCCCCCUCCUAAACCUCAAAACCCUAUUUCUCGACCACAACCGCUUCUCCGGCGAGUUUCCGAUCUCGAUCCUCUUCCUCCACCGCCUCCUCAUCCUCGAUUUGUCUCACAACGAUUUCGCCGGCUCGAUUCCGGAAAACCUAACCGUUUUAGACCGGCUCGGGUACCUCCGCCUCGACUCCAACCGAUUCUCCGGCGAGAUUCCUCCGCUGAACCAGUCGACGCUGGAGAUCUUCAACGUCUCCGGCAACAACCUCACCGGUCCGAUUCCGGUCACGCCGACGCUGAAAAAGUUUAGGAUCUCCUCAUUCGCGCACAAUCGAGAUCUAUGCGGCGAAAUCAUCAAUAAACCCUGCCGCGGCUAUCCUUUCUUCAAUUCCCCCUCCGACGCCGCGCCGCCGUCCUCGCCGCUCUUGCAAAACGCCCAAUCGCAGCCAGGAAUCACCGACAUUUCCCCUCCCGCCGAGAAAAAGCACCACAAAAUCGUUGGCCUAAUCCUAGGGCUAGUCACCGGCGCUCUCCUACUCCUCGCCGCUGUUCUCAGCCUCGUCGCGCUAAUCCGAAAAAGGAGAGAGGAAAAGGAAGAGCGAGGAUCGAAAAUUGAAAGCAAUCUCGACGAAGAAGAAUCCGGCAAACCUACCUCAUUAAUCUCGCUGCAGCAGCCUGAAUCCGCGAAUUUCGAAGCCUCGGAAUCGAAAAAGGGGAAACAGCCUCCGAGGAUGAUGAAAAGCGGCAGCCUCACAUUCUGCUCGGGCGAGGAGGAGCUGUACACGCUGGAGCAGCUGAUGCGAGCGUCGGCGGAGCUGCUGGGGAGGGGCACCAUUGGCACGACGUAUAAAGCGGUGAUGGCGAAUCAGAUCGUCGUGUCGGUGAAGAGGUUGGAUGCGUGCAAAACCGCGGUAACAAGCGGGGAAGCGUUCGAGCAGCAUUUGGAGUGUGUUGGUGUGCUUAGGCAUCCAAAUCUGGUUCCGCUCAGAGCUUAUUUUCAGGCUAAGCAGGAGAGAUUGAUCAUAUUUGACUAUCAUCCCAAUGGGAGCCUCUUCAAUCUCAUUCAUGGUUCAAGAUCAACGAUGGCGAAGCCUCUUCACUGGACGUCAUGCCUGAAAAUCGCUGAAGACGUGGCUCAGGGCCUCGCCUACAUCCAUCAAGCAUCGAAAUUCGUCCACGGGAACCUCAAAUCCUCAAACGUCCUUCUGGGGUCCGACUUCGAGGCCUGUGUCACCGACUACUGCCUGGUCAUGCUCGCAGACACCUCGGCGGAAGAUGAUCCCGACUUCGCCGGAUACAGAGCUCCUGAGAUCCGGAAGUCCGCACGCAGAGCCACUGCCAAAUCCGACGUCUAUGCCUUCGGCAUCCUGCUGGUGGAGCUCCUCUCGGGCAAGCCCCCGUCCCAGCACCCCUUGCUCGCACCCCCUGAUCUGGCCGACUGGGUGCGUGCAAUGAGGGACGACGACAGGGAGGAUGACAUGCGGCUGCUGAUGCUGGUCGAGGUGGCCAGCAUCUGCAGCCUGACGUCGCCCGAGCAACGGCCAACGAUGUGGCAGGUGCUGAAGAUGAUCACGAACAUAAAGGAGAUCAUGGAUGAUAGCUCGAGAGAUUUGGAUCAUGGCUACUUGUGACUUUUUAGAAAUGGAGUUUUGGCUGCAGAUCAAGAAUCGGGAUGAGAUGAACUGCAACGAGUGUCCGACCCGGCUGUAUACGGGUCCGGGUCGGGGUAUGGAUUUUGGAGUCACAAUCUGUUUAUAAUGGGCCGGAAAUAUGUGAUGUGAUGCUUUGGAAGAUUGAAGUAAGCAUAGGUUCCGACGAGAUUGAUUUGCGAAGAACCCAACUUUUGGAAAUUGUGGCUAUCCAAGAUUAUUAGCUUUAGCAUUUGUCAAUGGGUUAAAUUUAGUGUGACAUAACUUUGGCUAUUUUAUUGCUUCCCUCCAAAUGGUGAAGUUUUAUGUAAUAGGAGUAUGCUGUUGUAUUCAAUCCAAUCUAUGCAUUAAUAUAGGUGGUCUAUUGUUAAAGAAAA